UUGUAGCUCACGAAUAUCAAGAUUUGCUCGUUUGUACACCCUCCGAUCAUCGAAUACAAUCAAAUAAACAUCGUGAUUACUCCCCAAUCACAGAGCUCAACCGCCAUUUAAAAAAUGGCGACGACUCAGUGAUGCGCGAUAAAAAUUAAAUCUCUUCCUCACAAACUCCAUCAAAACCGAGAAGCCAUUGUAAUUCUCCCAUUCGGUCCUGCACCAACACCACAGCUCGCAAAGUCCUAAAAUAAAUCCAUUAAUCCCGAGCUGCAGUCAAUAAUUUAACAAACAAAAUUCCAAAAUACCGAACCCCAUGAACCCUUUGCGCAACCGACUCAGCUCUCCUCCCCCUUUCAUUCGCGGCCACUUCCCCCACCCCCUGAUUUUUCCACUUCACUCCCAUUCCCAUCUGUCAGUCCGGAUAAAAAAUUCCAGUUGCUUAUGCCACUAGACUUAAUAAGACCCUGCAGCUGUGAAUAAAGCUCGUGUGUGAUGGGAGGGUGACAAAGGUGGACUACAAGUCGUUGUUGUGACCUCCAAAUAAACAGACUGUCCACUCCAAGGAUUCAGCAAUCAGCGCAACAGAACCAGGCUCGUCAGAGUGGUGACAUUCUCCCUGGCAUGAGUCACCCCAGAGUGAUUUAACCGAAUAAAAAUGACAAUGUGAUCACAGGACUUGUCUUUUCCACAGAGCUGAGCACUGAGACACCUCGAGACAGGGAUUUGAGAGCUUCAGGGACACCUUCCUGGUGUCGUGCUGGUCACUGGUGAUUAAAUGCCUUUUCAUCUGCGAAUGAAUUACUCCGCUGUCGACAUGGAGGAGUACUCUGGUGCAUCGGAUGUCUCCGUUGUCGAUGUUUAUGACAUCGCAUCGGAGAUCGGGAAAGAGUGCGAAAAACUUAUUGAUAUUUUUGGCACUGAGGCUGUCACCGGUCUCAUGCCCAAAGUCAUUAAUGCACUGGAGCUUUUGGAGAACUUGGCGACGAAGAAUGAACGGGAGAUCACUACUGUUCAGGAACUGACAACGAAAAUUUCGCAGCUGGAGAAUGAUAAGAUUGGGAAGGCUGAGGAUAGACAGAGAUUCGAAAAGGAGAAGGUGUUCGAUUUUCUAGAGAUUUCUCAUGAUUUUUCGCAGGAAGUUGAGCAGACCGAGGAACAUUGGAGACAGGAGUCAAGAGAUCUCGUCGGUAUGGUGACAAGAUUGCAGGAGGAGAAUCGCAGGCUGUCCGAUGCACUUCAAGAGUCCCGGAGUGACAGUCAGGACAGCGGUAAACAAACUUUUACUGCUAGUCAGGAGGUCGAUAUUCAGGUUUUGCAACGUUUACGAAGUAUGAUCGACAAACAACGAGAUCAAAUACGCGCCCGGGAUCGAGAAAUGUCACAGAAGAAUUUGGAGAUUGAGAAUUUGACCGUCCAAGUGGAGAAACUGAGCUCAGUCGGUCGCGAGUUGAAACGCAAACAGCGUCAGGCCCAAAUGCAAGCACGUGGAUUGGUCGAGGAACGAGCUGAUUUUCUCGCCCAACUCCAGGACCAGAAUCGCGAGUUAAUUAAUUUACGAGCACGACUUGGACUGGCUCGUAAGGAGAACGAAGACUUGACAAAGUCCAAUCAGGGAUGUCCAGAUCUGACAAACAAAGUUGUUUAUGAUCUGGAUGAUCCAGACAGGCCUAGAUUCACAACUGCUGAACUCAAAGAAAUUCUUCACGAGAGAAAUGAACUCAAAGCACGUGUCUCAGAUCUCGAGGAUGAGUUGGAGUUGUACAGACCGAAACCAGAAACUGGACAACCGGCAUUGACUAGCAUACCCGGGACUAACAGUUAUACGCCUGAGGAAGAUGCGCCCGUCCAGGGGCCUCUGCCUUACGAACCAGAUGAUGCUCCUUGGAAGAAAUCAUCGGAGUCUGGCAUUCGGAAAUUCUUCCGGAAAAUAUUCUCCGAGACAAGCGGCGGUUUCUUGGGUGGUAGCAGUCCAAGGAGAAGUCUCUCUAGUCUUUCCAAGAUGGCCCUCUCGGGGAAUGGUGCUACCGAUACAUCGAUUUAAACCAAAUAACAAUAUCUCGAGAAGAGAAACAGGCAAGAUCACAUCAAUUAUCGGUUUCACAAUUUAUGAUUUUUUAUCAAUUUGGAAGUGGCAUAGGAAUAGAACUAUUUGACGGGAUUCGUUUGCCCAAUCGUAACUUGAUAAUUAAUGCUAUUAAUGUAAUAUGUUGCCAAAAAUCAGCGAGUAUGAUAGUAUAUCGAUGUUAUGGACUCAAUAUUUCAAAUUCGCCACUUAUGUAGGGAGCCAUUAUUUGUUUUAAUUUAUCCAACGAUUUGAUUUUUUUCGUUUAUUUCGCUUUGUAUUGUUUAAUAUUACUGACAUGAUACUAGAUCAGAAGAAUAAUUUUGUCUUCAGUUGUUAUUUUCCGCAUGAAUUGACGAAGUCGUUCAUGAAAAAUUUUACAAUUAAUUUCUCUUUUUUUAAAUUUUACUCGAAAGAAUUUACAAAUACAAAUAUCAUUUGAGGAUAUCCAAAUCACGUUUUAAAGUGAGUGAUAGUUUUUUGAAACAUUCGUUUGUUUAGAAAUCAAAUAUUGAAAUUAUUUUAACAAUUGGAAGUUUCAGGUUUUUUAUACGUGAAAUUCACUUCUGAGAGAGUUUUGAUUAUUCACAAAUUUGUUACAAUUUCGAAUGAAUAUUUAUUAGGAGUAAAAUUAACUGUGGGUAAAUUAUUUAUAAGAAUAGCCUGUAAUUUUCAAAAGAUGAUACUUGGAAAUUUAUUCAUAUUUUCUCCGAAAGUGAGUUAGCUUUUAUUUGAGGUAAAUAAUUGCCGGUUUAAAAUCAAAAUUUAAGGUAGGGUAUAAAAGCAGAAGUAUUACAUGUGAGAGAAAAAUGGUACAGUAUUUGGAUAUCCUUAAUACCUUUUUUUAAUACCUCAUAUUAAAAGCUUUAUUAAUUCCAUUCCAAAUUUCACUUUCAACUUCACCGAGGACAUCGUUAAAGUGGCUCUACCCUUUUCGUAAAUUCAAAAAUGAUCGAAAACGCCACAAAAUUUCCAGAAAACUCGAUCACAUUUGAAAUUACAAUUUUUCUUCGAUUUAAUUAUCUUUUGUUUAUUCAAAAAAAGUGAAAAAAUGGCAACUUAACGCAGCUAAAAUCUGAAUUUGACUCAUGCAAUAAUUUGAAAAACUGGGCAACUGAAUAUAUUCACAACCAGCGAAUCUGAUGGAUAAAAUAUCGACCUGAGGGUAGAGCCACUUUAAGAGCCACCUCCUCUCAUGAAAAAAAAAAAUCAAGUUUAUCCGAGAUUUCGAGAUAUUCAAAUGCAAAGACUUUUUAUCAAAGAGUUGUCAUAUUACCGUAGAUUUAGCCGAUCAAACGACGAGAAGAACAUUGAAAGAAACUAUUGUAGACAUUGUUACGAGAUUCCAAAUAGUCGGUUCUAUAGUGUGAGACGACUAGACCAAAAGGACCGUUAAUUAUAAUUUUGAAUUUAGAAUUUUUUAAUCUAUCGACGAUCCGGAAAUGCUAAUAUUUAGCAUUUAUUUACUAAAGAGCAUUUCUCAGUUGACAUUCCAAAGAAUUAAUGACUUAUCUGAAAGCAUAAAUCGUUUAAUAUCGAUCGUUUGAUAUAAAAAUUGACCAGAAAGAAAAAUAUAUCUGACACAGGACCCAUAGCAAUUAUUUCUAGAAAUAUUGACACAUUAAUUUGAUAUCAAUUGAAAAUGUAAACCAAUCUAUUGGCCUGAGACAAAAAAAUGCAUAUCAGUGUCAAUCUAAUUAGCAAAAAAAAAAACCUGGCCGUACUUUUUUGGAAAAACCAAAUAUUUUCUUUGGAUGUGUUUUAACACUUGUUACAAUGUCUGUAGACUCCAGUGAAUACGUCAAACAGAGCCGAAGAGUCAGUGAAAAUAUAGUUUUUAACUGUAUAUAAUAUAACUAUUAAUGCAAUAUUAUAUACCUACGAAUUUGAAAAUAUUGUAACGAGAGAAACCAAAAAAAAAAUUGUCGCAGAAAUAAACUAUUCGACGAACAUUCUUCAAAAAAUGAAAAUCAUUGCAACAACGAAAGAGUGAACAUAAGGCAGUAUUUACAAUUCCUUAAGUUGUACUAAAUUGUUAUUAUAUAAAAUUGUCUAUAAUCUA